AAUAUAACAAGCGUUUGUGGAGUCAGGAUGGUAGGCUGAAAUAGCCACCUCUUCACGGACAGGGUCCGGCCACGCUGCAGUAAUGUCUGCGGGGAUUGUUGCCGGGUUGUUCGAGACGCUAAUUGUUACCACCGAGGACAACAUCACCACUAUCCGCUAUAACCGACCAGAUAAGAAGAACGCCAUAUCGUCUACGAUGUACCAUGAGAUUGUGAAGGCACUGGAGCUUGCAAGCAAAGACAAGUCGGCCAUCACUGUGGUCACUGGUACUGGCGACUACUACUGCAGUGGCAUGGACUUGACAAACUUCACCAAAGUCAUGGUGGAGGGGUCCCAGCAGGCCGUGCAGAACAACAACCUCUUUAGGGACUUUGUGAGGGCGUUCAUUGACUUCCCAAAGCCCCUGAUUGCUGUUGUAAAUGGUCCAGCAGUAGGAGCAGCUGUAACGGUGCUUGGACUCGCUGACGUGGUCUACGCAACCGAGAGGGCAACUUUCCAUACCCCCUUCACCAAGCUGGGACUGUGCCCAGAGGGGUGCUCCACCUACAUGUUUCCAAAAAUCAUGGGCCCAGCCAAGGCCAACGAGAUGCUGCUUUUUGGUAAGAAGCUGUCAGCCAGAGAGGCCUGUCGGCUGGGACUGGUGUCUGAGGUCUUCCCAGACAGCACAUUCCAGAUGGAGGUGUGGACGAGGCUGAAGGCCUUCGCUCAGCUGCCCAGAGAUUCAUUGACCCAGUCCAAACAGCUCAUCCGGAGCCUGGAGAUUGGUAAACUCCACGCCAUUAACGACAACGAGUGCGAGCGAGUGGCGGAAAGGAUGUUCUCGGAUGAGUGUCUCAACGCUGUGCUCGGCUUCUUCCAGGCCAAAGCAAAGCUGUGAUGGCCGAAGCGUAAUCACAUAUCAUAAUCAUCAUGGGUGCUAAACUGUUGUUUGCUAGCUAGUUAACAAGUCAGCUGCAUAACCAUCCAGUGCAUCUCAAUGAUUGAACGUGAUACCGGGUAGUUAGCCUAUGUUGUUUCUUUGUAAACCAACUACUACAGGCAUGGCAAUUAUUUUUCACGAGUGAUAUGGGUGAUAACUUUUAUCAUCAAUUAUUUAAUAAAAAAAUUGCUUUGUGUCUACUCUG